AUUAACAUGUAUUUGGUCAGUUGAAUUCUACAUCCCAAAGCAGUUACAUUUAUUCAAACACACACAGUUUAUUACAGUAAAAACACAAUGGAGAAAAACGAAGUAAAGGGUAUUUUAAAAGCACCCUCAGGUGCAAUUAGUACAAAUUUACCUGUAAGAUCGGCCAAGUUCGAUGAGGUGAACAUUCUGGCCACAUUUCACCCCACCAACAAGGACUAUGGCCACAUGAUUAUCGAUGAGCCAAAGACACCAUUUGUCUUCGAUGAUGCCAUUCCGGAGGAGUUGGACAUGAAUGCCUUGAUUGAGAAGUUGCAAGUCACUUCGAAAACACAAAUGCCAGCAUUUGGAUUCGAUGAUGACUCCGAUGAAUCAUCGGAGGAGGAAGAGUAUCCAGAGUCGCUGGAUAGUGUUCGUCGAUUGGACUUUGAGCGUCGUCGCAGGUUGCAUUACAGGGAGUUCUACUCGGUACCUUUGGCUCGAAGUCUUAUAUUCGAUGAAUUUGGCUGUCAAAGUAGCUCCGAAAUGAGCAUUUCCCAGGAGACAUCCUGCAAUGCAAAUAUUAGAGAAUCGUUUCCACCAUGCGGUGAACGUACUCAAGUGGAUAGCUCUUAUUACAUGGGUAUCUCUACGGAUAGCACUGCCGCUCAGGAAAAUAGAUUUAAUGAGCUGGGCUUUGAUCCCACGCAACCAUGUAAUCUAAAAUUAAUUGCAGAGAUUGAUGAACCGAUGGCAGAAUCACGAAACUCAGCUCAUUAA